UUGGACUUGUGAUGCUUCACUGUCAUCCCAUCCUUCUCUUAUAUAUUUUCUCAUCAUUCCUUUUUUAUUUCCCUGCAAACACAAUUUUAGCUCUCUUCUUCUCUUCUAAUUAAGCUCAUGUAUCAACUACCAAUCUUCGCUCCUCUACUUUUGCUUUUCUUCUCCUUCUUCUUCUUCACAUUCAUCCCGGUUUCAUCUUAUGAUGGGCCGCUUUAUGAUUCAUCUGCUUACACUGAGUGUAAAUUGCAAGCUGAGCGGCCACUCUACAAUGGAGGGAUGCUCAAGGACAAUGGAGAUGGACUCAAUUCAUCAUCAUUUCCACUUGAAAAUCUACACGAGGCCACUAAAUAUUGUUUUUCCAUUUGGAUCAGGCUCAAGGAUGCAGAAUCAGCUCUGGUAACGGCUAGUCUAGUCACACAGGAAGGCACACGCCUCAAAUGCAUUGGAACUGUCACAGCAUAUAAAGGAUGUUGGUCGUUUCUCAAGGGUGGAUUUGUAUUGUCUUCACCUUCAAAUUCAUCUACGCUUUACAUCAAGAAUUCAGACAAUAGAGAUGUGGGUAUAGAAAUCGCGAGCGCCUCUCUGCAGCCUUUCACUCAACAGCAAUGGCGACUCAAUCAAGACACCAAGAUCAAUCAGGCCAGAAAACGAGCCGUUACACUUCAUGUUUCAAGCAGGCAGGGAAGGGAAGUGCAAGGAGCUGCAAUUAGAGUAGAGCAAGUCUCCAAAGACUUCCCCUUCGGAUCAGCUAUAGCCCAAAGCAUAAUAGCAAAUCCACCUUAUCAGAAGUGGUUUGUGGAGCGAUUCAAUGCAGCCGUAUUCGAAAACGAACUCAAGUGGAACGCAACCGAAUUCACACAAGGCCAACUCAACUACACUCUCCCAGAUCAGAUGCUUGAAUUCGUACGAGCAAACCAGAUCACAGUGAGAGGCCACAACAUUUUCUGGGAGAAUCCGCAGUUCGUCCCGAAAUGGGUCCGAAACCUGACCGGAUCCGACCUCGAAUCAGCUGUGAAAUCAAGGAUAGAGAGCUUGAUGCACAAGUACAGAGGAGAGUUCGUGCACUGGGAUGUCAACAACGAGAUGCUGCACUACGACUUCUACGAGGAACGCCUCGGCCCUAACGCCACGCUGCACUUCUUCAAGACAGCGCACCAAGCUGACCCCUUGGCAACGCUGUUCAUGAACGAGUUCAACGUGGUGGAAACGUGCAGCGAUGUUGAAUCAACGGUUGAUACUUAUGUCUCGAGAAUGCGAGGCCUCAAACAGGGAGGCGUCGCGGUCAACGGGGUGGGGCUUCAGGGUCAUUUUGAUGUGCCCAAUUCUCCAUUGAUGAGAGGUGUUCUCGACAAACUAGCCACUCUUGGCCUUCCAAUUUGGCUCACAGAAGUUGAUAUAAGCAACAAGUUCAACAAGGAAACACAGGCUGUCUACUUAGAGGAGGUUCUCAGAGAAGGGUUCUCGCAUCCGGCAGUGAACGGGAUAAUGUUGUGGUCGGCGCUUCGUCGUGGCAGCUGUUACCAGAUGUGCCUAACUGACGGUAACUUUAGCAACCUUCCGACAGGGGACGCAGUCGACAAGCUUCUGAAAGAGUGGAGUAGCGAUGUGUUGGAAGGGAGAACUGAUGAGCAUGGUUCCUACAGCUUCUAUGCUUUCUUAGGUGAAUACAAAGUCACCGCAAACUAUGGUAAUAAAACAGUUGAUUCCACAUUUUCUCUCUCACAAGGCAGAGAAACUAGACAUUUUAACAUCCAAUUGUAACAUGUUAUUGUGUAUUAUGUAGUUCCGGCCUCAACAAAAAAUAUCAUAGCACUUAUUCAAA